CACGACACUUUUUUAUCACACAACGUCUGGGUUAAUAAUCACAGAUUAAUACAAUUUAAAAGUAUGCAGCAUAGGUAAGUAUUAUUUCCCAUGGUGGCUAUGUUUAUAAACGCACCCCAGUUCACAGAAAACAAUGCAAAUGCCGAAACACAUGAAAGUUUCAAAUUCCGAGCUCUUCACGCCGUCGUUUGAAUGCAACAGAAGAACCGCCCAGCUCGUCGGAUUUGAUCCUCCCUUUUAAUCGUUUGCGCGUGUGCGCGCGCGUCAAUCACAGUGUGACAGACAGCCAGUCAUUCCCGCAACAGCCGAGAGCCGCUGUGACAAGAAGGCGGCAACAAUGUCGACUUUUUUAGUCCCACUUUCAGUCCACGCUGAGUGGCGGGACUCGAACGUGUGUGGAGGCUGAGGAUGUGCAACAAGUGACUGAAGGAGCAAGUGUGCGACUCCUCAAGACACCCAAAACAACCCGCUGCGAUGUCGCUGCUGUGUGUCAGAGUGAAGAAAGCCAAACUUCACGGGCCUCCAGAUAAGUUCAACGCCUACGUGACACUAAAGGUUCAGAAUGUGAAGAGUACGACCAUCGCGGUACGCGGCAACCAGCCGUGCUGGGAGCAAGACUUCAUGUUUGAGAUCCGUCAUCAGGAUUCCCCCCUGGUGGCAGAAUUGUGGAACAAGGGUUUGAUUUGGGACACUUUGAUAGGCACGGCGCUCCUACCGCUUGAUGCCAUUCACCAGUCCAACGAGGAGGGUCCUGGCGAGUGGACUUGUCUGGACUCAGAGGUUCUGAUGAAGGCAGACGAGAUCUUCGGCACCGCCAAGCCAACUCCGCACCAAGUGCUCCUGGACGCACGCUUCGAGAUGCCUUUCGACAUGCCAGAGGACGAAGCUCAAUAUUGGACCCGCAAACUAGAUCGCAUUAACAACAUGAACAUGGACGAGCAGGACUAUCCGCCGCCUGACAACCCCAUCGACAGGGGACGGAUGGCGUCCGCACCCUCGCCGUGCUCUUUCGACGACCACGACAGCGCGAUGGAUGACCAUGACAGUGAAGCGGGCGUCCGAGCACUGCCUCCGCGCUACCACAAUGCCUCGCAGACCAACUCGUCGGCCCACCAGUACCCUAUCCCGGGCCGGGUCCAGCGCCAGCAGGUCUUGCGGGACUCGGAUUCUGUGCACAGCUUUGAGAUGGACUACCCAAACCUUCGGGGUUCCAGGCGGUCAAGCAGCAGGCGCAGUGUAAGAAUAGUCCCGGUGGACUCAGGCAUGGGCGUAGAGGACUGGGAGGGCCAGUAUAAAGUGCCCGACACAGGAGUCCUGGAUGACUAUUUGGACCAGGAGCAGAAGAUGUGGGAGGACGAGGAUGAGAGCAUCAUCUAUCGCCUCACAGAUACACCAGCAGCGCAUGAGUCCAGAGGCAGCAGAUUCUACCAGACAGUGGAGUGCAAUACGCUCUCGCCCGAAGACAGCGAGGUGCACCGCCGACCACCAAGUUUCGACACUGGAGACGUCCGCUUGGUUUACCGGGAAGCCGGCAGCUUUGAAGACGAGUUGUCACCUCCCGAGAUCGACAUCAUCCCGUCCAUCAAACGUCACCACCAGCAUGUGGACGGGGAAGGUCUGCUCUUUAAGACCAGGUUGUGGGCCAAGACUGCGUUGGAGGACAGCUACGCGGCGUUCCGUGAGGAGGAGGCAUCCCGAGAAGUGGCCAGGAUCAGGAGUGAAUUUGGAUCUGUGGGUUCUGACGAAAUGCAGUACUCCUUCGGAUCAGAUGAGGAACUUGAGGACCUGAUGCUCAACGAGGCGGAUGUCACAUACGAAUAUGACUCGUACCAAUAUCCAAGCAGGUAUGCGCCCCACCUUGGAGGGUUCACAAUGGGACCAGACCCGAGCAUGUUGCCCGAGGAUGAGUCGUGUGAGGACUACAUUGACCCGAUGGAUGAACUCAAAUGCUUGGUUGACUCCGUUUCGCAGUACUUGGCCGUGAAAGAGGAGGAGCUCAUCAGCUAUGAAUCACAGCAGAAACCGGUGAGGCGAAAACUUCCAUCUCUGCCAGUUGUGCCACCCGAGGAAAGUAAAAGCAAGGACGUCAAAGCCGAGGAUGUCGAAGCCGAGAACGUUGCGGGUGUUAAAGAUGCCAUGACGUCAUUUUUCAAUACAAUUACAGGAUCCAAAACCACAACUGAAGCAGAGGCUUCAGAGCUUCCCAAGGCUCCCGCUGCUGAAGGUGGUAUUUUCAAAUUGCUAUCCAUGAUUCCAAAAAGUAGCCCCGAAGCCUCAGAAACCUCUGGGGCGUUGUCCGCAGACCCACUGUCCUCCAAGGUCUUCCCCCAGGCUGAGUCUGGCAUCUCCAAGCUGCUUUCUUUCAUCCCCAAAAGCGGCGGUACGUCCCCGCCUGUGGCCAUCGUUCCCCCCGCUUCCCAGGAGCCCACCACCGAGAAGAAGUUUUCCCUGCAGUCUUUCAUCCCUUUCCAAUCAUCAGAAUCCUCUCAGCAAGCUGAAGCUAGCCAGACCUCCACAAGUACUGAGGCCCAAAGUAUUAACCAGACCAGUUCUGGUUUAGAAUCUGUGCUAGGGAGACUUAGUCCAAUGAGGCUGUUUUCCAGCACACCACCAUCAAGAGAACCAUCACCUUCCAGAGAGUCUUCUCCUCAAGCAUUAGAACAACAAAGUACAUCAGCUGCCAGCAAUGACCGUGCAACCCCAGUCCCAAGUCCUAACAAUGGUUCAGAAGCACAACCAAGAUCUAAUUCUGGGAGUGGAUCCGUUGAGCUCUUUCCAGACACAGGAAGUGGAUCAGUAGAGCUUCUUCCAGAGACAGAAUCAUCUGGUGAGUUAGCGGAUAUUGUGCAAACAACUCCCAUGUUACCAGGACCAAAACCUGAACCCGCCCCAGAAGAAACAGGCUUGUUCAGUCCUUUUAGGAAAUCUCUCUCCAGUUUGAUAUCCACUCAUCCUUCUGAAAGCUCCACAACAAACCCCAAACCAGCAGAGGAAUCUUUUUUAAGCGGCAAACUCAAGAUCCCGUUCUUCUCCGCAGAAGAUCCUCCCAUCACAAGCCAAGCAAAACCCGAAGGAGGGGUUCUCUCUGGGUUUCUUAAGUUUGCCACCGGGGAGGACACCAGUGUGCAGCCAAGAAGUCCAUCCCCUAGUCCCACGAGAACUCCCUCACCGAUCCGCGCGGCACUGCUUGAAAGCGCCCCAAAAGGAAACACUGAAACAGGCUGGUUUUCAAAUCUGUUCAAAGUGACUCAAAGUGAACCGGCAAAGGAACCUGCAAAGUCUCCGGUGACUCCCAGUGUGACACUCACCAAACCUAGCGGCAUAACGGAACCACACACUGAGCAAUCAGAGGAUUCUGCUAGCAGGAUAGAAACAUUGUUGGACAACAAUCGCCAGAGUCAGACUGAUCUCCAAACUAAGGAUCAUCUAGAAUCACGACCAGAAACUCCACAGCCUCAAGGAUUUUUGUCUGGAUUGUUGAAACUCGGCCCUACGGAGGAGUCUAAACAGACAAGAGGAGGGGAAAGUCAGCCUCAACAGGGUGGACUCUUUUCAGGGAUAUUUUCCUCACCAUCUCCACCUUCACCUCAGACACAGACCCCUGUGGCUCAACCAUCGGCAGGACUCUUAUCUGGAUUCUUAAAAUUUGCCUCUGAUAACAUGUCGGCCCCGACAAAUCAGCCACCGGCAAGAGAGCCACAGAGCCAGUCUAGCCAAGUACUUGAUCAAGGACAAGCUGCAGGUGCGCAACCCCCAAUUGGUGGACUGUUGUCUGGGCUCUUAAAAAGACCCACAGAUUCUUCUGUUACUCAGCCUAGUCAGGAAGUGAAAACAGAUGUGGCAAAUGAAAUGACUAAAAUGAAUAAAAAUGAAGAAAACUUUUCUCAUGGGACACCUCAGUCACGGGGUUCAUCAGGAGAAAUCAAAAUAGGUUCAUUGGAAAGUUCUACCCCUGACAAGCUGGACCAGCAAAUAGAAGUUGCCUCAGAUCAUCAACAAAAACCACCAGCAAAAUCCACAGCGGCAACACUACAGCCACCGAAAGGAACCUCACCAACCCAGGCUGCACAGUCAGCAAAUUUGUUGUCUGGGCUUUUUAAAAAGACUGUAGAACCUCCCUCUGCAUCAUCUCAAACACAGCCAGCAACCCCUCAACAAGGAAGCUUCCUCUCUGGCCUUUUUGGACUUGGGAGCCAAGACCCAGCCCCUGAAAAUUCACAGAAUCAGGAACAAAGUGGAACACUGGGACGGCAACCAUCUCACCAACCGGGCCUCAGACCGAACUUACACAGGCAAAACCAAAUCCCCCCACAGCACCCCCCAAGCAGUCCUGCGGGGAUGCUCACUGGAUUUUUGAACAAAAUUGCAGAUGUGGGAACUCUGCCGACUGCCGCUUCGUCGGGUAGUCAACAAACUCAGCAAAAAACACCAACAACUUGUCCUAAAACAACCCAGCAACCUUCUAAUCAACAAGGUUUCUUGUCCGGACUCUUUUCAUCAAGUCCUCCUACUCAAAUUCAGCAGGAUCAGCAACCACCUGUGAGUCCUUCCAACAGACAACCACUGCGAAGGCAAAGACAGAUACCCCAACAAUCUGCAGCCCCUGUGGCAGAGCCGCAACAAGGUGGUGUUUUGUCAGGGCUGUUCAGUAAAUUUACCACCGAAAACACACCACAACAAACAACCCCGCAGGGGGUGCUUCAACCGGGCGCUAAAUCAAACACUGCUGGAUCUCAGCAAAAUACAGGUCCAGCUGGUAGCCAGGGAGGAUUCUUGUCUGGGCUGUUAAGUCAAACCGCGUCUCCGCAGCAGCAACCGUUGAGUAAAAAUGUUCAACCUGCCGCACCAGAACAACCCAAUCAAAGUGGAGGCUUCCUCUCAGGUUUUCUGAAGCUUGCAUCUGGUGAGAAUGCAGCUCAGGAACAUCAUGCACCCAAAACUGAGGGCAGUCAACCCAGCCAACCUACAACCAAAUCUGAAUCGAGUGGCAUAUUUUCUGGCCUGCUCAACAAAAUUUCAGCUAAUGUGGAGCAAACACCGCCUGCGUCUGACCAGGCAAACCAUAAAACGAUUCAGCAGCAGCAGCCACUGCGCGCGGGACAAGGGCGUCCUCAAAUUCAGAGAACAAAACCAGUGGAAAUGCAUUCCGCACCUGAUGUGGUGGGAGAGGACUCAAAAGAUCAAAAGGGCUUCCUCCCAGGUCUGUUCAGUGCCACAGAGGAGUCCUCCUCAAAAACCUCCAUCCUCAUAAAGGGUGAAUCAAAACCACCCAGUACGAGUAGCACAUCCCCUGGUCUGUUGUCAAGCAUUUUUAAAACCGCCCCCAGUGACAAGACUGUUUCUGCCCAUGAAAGGGAACAAGAAAAAGGCCUUCUUAACCGUUUGUUGCCCAAGACUAAGGAGGAUACACCUUUAAGCACAGCAGCAGUCACAUCUUCUUCUGUUACCGUUGCAGUGGGUCCCGACCCCUCAGAAGAACUGCCGCCGCGGGUUCCCACGGUGACCCCCACCCAGCGUUACCUUGAGGAAAUUCAGCGUCUCUUGUACGGGACAGCAGGAGAGUAUGGCUACAAGGAUCUUUUGUAUAACUUCACAGAGCACGGCGUAAUUCCACCUGAGCUCUACGAGCACCAGUGUCUCAUUGAGGCGCUCCUGUGGCAGCAGCUCAAUGACUAUGCACUCGCCGAGGCUCUUGCCUCUCAUGAAGGCUACCGGGAAUGCCAAGCACCUUUGACAGCUGCAGGCAGAGCGCCCCAGUGUGACAGCCACCCAUGGCUUAGUCCUCAAGAAAUGGAUAUUAGUCAGUUUAAUGUACCGUCACAUCCAUGGAAGGAUCCUGUCGCCCAACUUUUUGAGAGCAGAAACCGCUUCCUGGAACCGGAUGAAGACCUAGUUUUGUUCGACAUGAGCUGCAGGGAAAAGAUGCCGUGGACCAGCUGUGACCACUUGGACGAACUUGUCAGGAAGCGCCAACCCUGGAUUACACAGGGUGGGGGUCUAAAUCUGUCUAGUGAAAAGUCAAAAAACAGACUAAACCGAUGUCAGUCCCUCACAGAGUUCAACUAUGUAGCGGAGAAGGCAGCAACAUUAAAAGAUGUGACAGUCGCCGACUUUAGUUUGAAGUCAGCUACAGACUUUUUAAAACAACUGGCCACCAAAAAAGGUCCGGUGGAUCUAACUCGUGGCGCCAUGGAUCUAAGCACAUCAACCGUGAGCUCGGUGCUCAGAGAUGACGAAAUGCUUUUUGAGGACUCAGAAUGGUACCAACAGUGGCUGUCACUACUGGAACAAGGGCUCUGGUGGCCAGCAGAAGCUGAGGACUGCGGAUAUUACGUGUACACCAAUGGAGACUUCAUUUUUUCUCUUUUAACCGACAGAGCUGGUCGACACCUUUAUGCUUGCGCUGCGCCAGACGACCUACAGACACUCAGUAACAUUACAGAAAACAUUGCAGACAUUCUGACCCAGAAAGAACAGGAAAAAGUAACCUUGUGUGGAUUUAAAAUCCCGCUCUGCACGGAAGAAAAAGCUCCUUGGUUUCCAGAGCAACUGAACACCAAAUCGGGGCUCCCGGAAGCUCCGCAGGAUCUCACCUCAGCCCUAUGUAAAGGCGAGAAAAUCAUGAACAUGAACUUGGAAAGUUUCUCUCAGAUGUUUCAGGAGUCCCUGUGUUCACAAUUAGAAUCCCCCGUGGACUUCACGGUGUACAAACUCAAAAAGGUCACGGUGGGAGCGGCAGAAAACCUUGACAGCCACUGCAACCCUCCAUUGGAAGCCGCCGAUCUGACACUAAACUCUUUUAAAGCGGCUCAUGGACAACCAUACUGGUUGAAUCAAGCUGUGAAAGAUGUGCCUACAUCCCCAGAUCCACCUUCCCUGAGGUCCUUCCUGCCAACAACACCCAAGAAACAUCACCAAAUCCCUGAAAUUAAGAUUGGGCAUGUGGAUGAUGUACCUGUGGACCAAUCUCAACAAAAAAACAGAUCUGUCAUUUCAAGAGGAAACCUUUCCAAGUCAAAUGCUGAUCUGAAUCAGUCUCAUCCACUUCCGCCCUCCACCACUCCGUCACCAUGCAAGCUCUCCUCAAAUGUCACCAGGACCCUUCCCCAGACUUCACCAGCAUCAAAGAUACCUGAACCGAUGCAAAGGAAACUCCCCCCUUCAGCAAAUGUUAAUUCGGUCCCUUCAGCUCCUUCGUCACCAAUAGCUUCAGUUAGUUCGACCACCGUGUCUUCUUCUCUGAGACCUCGACUAGCAAGGCAGCACUCUCAGGCAGACAAACCCAGAUUAUCACCGCAAUCAACAAAGACUGCGGUCGCUGGCCCUGGCAAUGUCAGCAAAAUCCCCUCCGCAGAUGCUCCAGCUCCCAUUCCGAAAGGUUCCUGCAAAGGAGCACCGCAGUUACACAUUCUGAAUCCCUGCGCAAAUGCUGAAUCCAAACUUUACAACAGAAACCAUUACGUCGGCUCAUCGACUGGUCCUCGGUCGGGUGAGAAAGUUUUGGACUUUUCCACCGCAAGCAAAAACAAAAAGCCUUCAACUGAAAAACAUCUCCAAACGAAAGCAUUGGAGCAAAAAAUGGAGGUGGUUGACUUUUCCAAACACAAAUUGAAACGAUGCAAGGAAUCAGAGGAAGAUUUGGUCUUGACUGACAAGGUGGCUGUCAAUCUUACCAAACAGAAGGAGGAGGAGGAAAAAGAGGUGGAGUGGCAUUUUGCAGAAACUGCAACUAUUUCAGGACCCCCGCAGACCUCCUCCGCACCCGCUGAUUUACGUUGUACACGUGGAGGGCGAUCAUCCAGUCAUCAGAUGCAUGACCAAAGUCUCUCUAAGUCCAAAAGUACCGCUAUCACUGCGGAUGCACAUAAUUACAUUACAUCAUCUCCCAGGAAAGAGUCAAAUCAAGUAGACUGUGUCACCCUGGUAGCAAAGCCGAACUCAAUACAGUCCGUAGCAGCUUCUCCUAAGAUGAGUCCGAUUCCGAUGCAAGUCUACGUUGAAGAACAGCAACCAAAUUAUGUUUUAAAUGCGCAUUUGCAACCACACGUAUCCUUAAUUAGCGACUGGUCAUCACAGCAGUCUUGUGUCGACAACAGAACAACCUUUACAUCCACUAACCACCCAUCUCGUGAAAACCAGGAGAUUACCACACCGUCAAACUUGUUUAAAGCUGUACUAGAUAUGUCUGCAAAGACCACAGCCCAGCCAAAGUUGCAAAGUAAAGAGACAAAUCAAGUGGGAUGUUUCACACAGACUGGAUCCAUACCAUCUGCCUCAUCUUUUCAAAUGAGCCCCAUUCCAAAGCAAGUCCACAUUGGGGAACAGCAACAAAAUUACGCUUUUAAGGUUCAGAGGCAACCAUGUGGAACCUUAGUUGCAGAUUGUUUGGCUCAUCAGACUCACAUUGACAGCAGAAGAGCAUCUUUUACAUCCGCUUCAAGUCAGUCUCUUGAAAACCAACCCACUGUGCCAGCAAACUCUGUCAAAGCCGUACAAGACAUGUCUGCGAAUAUAGGAAAACUCCCACCAAAAGGACACAAAAGUCUAUCAAAACACUCUGAGCAGAUCACUGAAGCACUUGCACUGACAAAGAGAAAACCUGUCAGUCCGGAACGAAAACACCCAAGUGCAACUCAUCAGGACUCUCUUGACCUAUCAUAUAGAGAAGUACCAGAGGUCUUGGAAGAUCCUCUCGCUAUUGAUUCUCAUGAAAACCAUCAAAAACAAUCGAUGAGAAGAGAGGAUAUUCAAAGAGCCCGCGACAGGGUCCUCAUACAGCCGUGGCGUUCUUUCGACCAAUCCCCUGACCAAGCCUCAGCACCUGCCAAUUCUAUCAAGGCUGUGCUUGACAUGUCUUCGAAACCAACAGGCUCGAAAACGUUGGUACCCGACAUGAGAAUGGAUGACUUUCUGACUAAAGGAAUUCCCUUAACCAAAGGAAAUCUCAUCAACCGCCAAAGGGCACGAAACAAUUCUCUUGGCGUUGCACUUAUAAAAGACCUUCCCUCUCAAGAAUCCUUUGAGUGGAUUCAGUGUCUGGAAUGGCAGAGCACAGUUUCCCUCCCACCCCAGUUAAAGUAUUCAGAUGCCGUAUCAUUAGCUGUGCCCCACACAUCCGCUUCCGUCAUUACCACCCGGGGAGGUCCAUUGGACAUGUCACCCAAGCCACCCGAGAACACAACAAUAAAGGCCACGGAGUCUUCAUUUGGGCUUCAUGAAGCCGUUUCACUCAUUAAUAAGCCAAGUGCACGGGCAAUGGCCAGGAAAGACUCUGUUGGCGUCCCACUCGUAGUGGAAGUAGAAUCUACGUACCAUAAGACACCUUCAGCCGAAUCUCAACAAAGAAGGGUCUCUCUGACUGGACUCAACGCAACAGAGACCCACGACAGGGAGAUAUCCAACUGCCAUACCAAUGAGCUUUUAUCCUCCACAUACAAGCAAGUGCAGCAAGCGAACAAACCAGUGGACUUCUCUGCAAAAGACAGUGUAAACACAACACAUAUUUCCAGUAUUUACACCGAACAAGAAGAUGGACUGCCCAUAAAUUUCAUGAAUGUCAAUGCAAGGAAAGAAUCUUCAGAAAUAGAACAAACUGGUAGGCAAAUCAAAAAGAAGCUACUGCAAGGUUUAGUGGACCUGACUGUGGCUCCUCAAAGUAAGACCACAAAUAGUCAGAGUGUGAGCGAUCUUUCUGCACUUGCUUUGUAUCAAAGAUGCCAAUACAGGCAACAGGAGUACAGAACAGCCCAUAUCCCUCAACAAAUCUUUAAACACUCACCCUAUGAUCACAAUACUCAACCAGGUAUGACUGACCUCUCAGGAACACAGCUUCACUUUGCACCAAAAUCCAGUAUUCAACCAAAGCUCGAUGGCAUGUAUCAACAGGCCAGGACAGUUGAAAGAUUUGAAGCCAAGAAACUUGACCAAAUAGAUCCAAACAUAACCCAAAUCAGUCUUGAAGGUUACCGGACACCUGUAGAUUCAGUUACUCCACUACCAAUGGUGACAAUGUCACAAAGACAAGAACCAAGUGUUCCUGUGAAACCCCAAAUUCUCAACAAACACCCGACUGUGGCUAGCUUGGAGGAAAGCCCCUCACAAAGAGUCACAGUAAGUCAUCAAAAGCCAUCAGUUCCCCAGAAACAUGUUCCUGAAACUAUCAAGACCUCUCAACCUUUGAAUUGUCAAUCGUCCCCUGUGUCAGUUGUUAUUCAAGAAUCUGGAAAACCAACACUCGAUAGUUCAUCGAACUCUGUGGAUGCUCUAAUUUUGGGGUCAAUCACACCCCCCCAAUUAUCAAAACAGCCUGACUCGAGACGAUAUCCUUUCAGUGUGGACCAAAUUCAUACACCAAAUGCACUUUCAACUUCUACCAGUUCUACUCAGCAUGCAUCAGAAUUUACAGCACUUAUCUCACAACCAACUGCCUCAAAACACGAGCCUUUAAAGCAAACAAGGGAACAAAGUUUUAGACCUAAUCUCCAAACAGGCGAACAAGGUAUAAGACCGGAACUACAAAGACAGGAAGCGAUGCCUUCACCCCAGUCAAGAUCCUCUUGUGUCAAGGGAUUAGUUUCAUUGUUUAAUAGUCAAGGUUCCCAGUUUCAUGUCAGUGGAAAACCAGAAGUGACACCCCACCCUACUAUAACCGGCUCUACGCUCGUGGACCAGAAGUCUCAGAUUACCACGCAGAUUGUUUAUGGUGGGCAUGUUGCACGUUCUCCCGAUGCGAGCCUCUCGUCGGUAGUUAGUAGUUUAUCGUCUGAGCCUGCAACACCGCGGAAAGACUCCCCUCCUCGACCAUCACUCACUUCUGAAUCCCAUCGCAAAGUUAACAUUUUCACACCCAAUGGCUUGACCACGCAAGGAUCCCUGACAUCACUAUCCACCGUCACAGUUCAGCUAGCCCAAAAAACACCAAUAUCAAGCUUGCCAAGAUCAGAAUCUUCAUCAUACGAACCAGGCAACACCACACCUUCCAAAGUCACCCUCAAUAGAGACACUACAUUGGAACCCUCGCUUAAAUUGUCUGAGGAAUCAUCUGAAGCCAUGCCAGAGGAACCCAACACAAAAUCCCAUCAUCUAAGCACUGGAUGUGACCAAUUGCAGGAUAAAAUGAGCCUGCCCAGAUCAAUCUACAUUGGCAUUAAUGCUCCAGACAUGUCACCUGUUGAUAAACUGAUGGAUCCAAACGAGCCAAGACAAUAUGUUCGACUUCCCCACAUAUUUGUCUCAGCUGCAAGUUCACCUGAAGAAGAGUCGACUGAAGACAAUUCCAAAGAAUCCAAAGAAGUCUACGCUGAUGAAGGAACCACUGCAACUGCUGUAACCCCCUCAGAGCUUCGGAAGGAUUCUGAACCUGCUGAUGAAGAUACGUUUUUGGAUGAUGGAGUUACAGAUGUCAUUAGCACAGAGAACACACCUUGCUUUUCCGAGAGUUUACUUCAGACGACAAUAAAUGAUAUGAAUGCAGGUGAUCAGAGCCAAGAAAAGGAACAUUCCCUCACGGAAGCCUUCAUUUCAGAAGCUGAUCUCAAAGCAGAGAGCCAUGCCGUUUAUAAACCACCUGAUGACAAACCAAUCGCACAACCAGAACCAGAUAAGCCACCAAGUAGCCUGACACCAUCAGCCCACGACGCAGAAAAAAGUGCAGAAUCUCCUGUUGAGGACAAAAGAACAAUUUCAGAAAUUGUAUCACCUGACGACGAGUCUCUCAAUAAACUGACUGAACAAACGUCGGAGAUAAAACCCUCUAAAGUCAUCCAACAACUUGAUGACAAGACUGCAAACGAUACCUCUUUUCCUGCUUCUGAAUUCAGUUCUGUCAAAGAAGCUUCUAAGGAAGAUGGUUCAUCAGGCUUGCUUGAUCAACUGCCCAAUGAACAAGGAAAGGGUUUAUGUUCCAUGUCUGAGAGCUCUCCUGUAAGCCCAGAACAGACUGCUGGACUGUCAAUACUUGGAGGCAUUCUCCCUGGUUCAGCUAACAAAGAUACAGCUGGUGCUGGUUUACUCUCAAAGUUUGGAUCAAGUGACCCAGUGUCCCCCGAAACCACAGGACAAUUACCCCAGUCAACUCUACAAGAGCAACAAGGAAAAGGUCUGCUCUCAAUGUUUGGUGGGUCACAUGUCGCAUCUUCUCCUGAAACCAAAGGACCAUCACCAUCUUCAACCCCACAAAAAACACAAGGAAAAGAUUUAUCCUCAGUGUGUGGUGGGUCAAAUGAUCCAGCAUCCCUUGAAAUUAAAGAACCUUUACCUCAGUCAACCCCACAUGAGCCACUAGGAAAAGGACUACUCUCAAUGUUUGGUGUGUCAAAUGUCCCAGUGUCCACUGGAACAAAGGGACCGGCGCCUUCUUCAACUCCACAAGAACCACGAGGAAAAGGUUUACUGUCAAUGUUUGGUGGGUCAAACAUUCCAGCAUCCCUUGGAACCAAAGGACCACCACCUGCUUCAACCCCACAAGAAACACAAGGGAAAACGUUACUUUCCAUGUUUGGAGGGUCAAACAUACCAGCGUCUCCUGGAACCAAAUCACCAUCUCCUUCUUCAGCCGUACAAGAAUCACAAGGAAAAGCUUUGUUCUCAAUGUUUGGUGCCUCCAAUAGUAAUCCACCAGCCGGGCCAAGAGGCCCAACUGCUGGAAGUGUGCCACCAAGAGGUCCUCCACCUAAAGAACCGCCAGGAAAAACCUUGUUUUCCAUGUUUGGCGGACCUGUGCCCCAGCAGGGGCCAAGUCCAAGAGGUCCUCCUCCAGCUAGUGCUGGAUCUUCUUUAUUCGGCGGCAUUCUACAAAGUUCCUUGAAUAAAGAAAGCCCAGGAACGGGCCUGUUCUCCAAAUUUGGAGGCCCCACUGCCCCCGUUCAGAGUGGUCCAAGAAUGUCUGCAGCAGGACAAACGGCACCAACAGGACCCAGAGCUUCAGAGCCCCCUGGAAAAGGACUGUUCUCGAUGUUUGGUGGCCAAAAUCAGCAGAAUCAGACAUCUGAAUCAGAGAGUACUUUCAAAGUUUCUUCUGUGUUCUCUCUCGGAGGUAGUUCUGAUGGAAACAAAGCCAAAACUGGCUUUGGGAUGUUUGGAAUGUCUUUCGCGGAGGAGUCCAAAAAAGAGCCACAAUCAAUUGUUCUUGGGAAGGUGGUGAGUAGUACAAGUGAAGAUCUAAAAUUUCCAGAAAAAAAAGAGGCUAUCCCGACAGAGCCUAGCCCAAGUGAAGACGUAAAACCCCAAGAAACGAAAGAGCCUCUCGCGAUGGAGCCUAGCCCAAGUGAUCAUUUAAUACCCACAGAAACGAAAAAGGGUCUUGAGGCGGAGCCAAGCCCAAAUGAAGACGUAAAACCCCCCGAGACCACAGAUAAUGUGGACCCUAUGCCUUCCCCUUCACACCCGGAUGACAUUUCAACUGAAAGGGAACGUGAAGAAAACCAGGACUACCCAAAACAAACUUUUGACAAUACUGUUCCAGCAACAGAAGAACACAAAACUGAUAAAAUUCCACUGUGCACUGAAAAUAACUCUGAUCUAGGGUCAGAUACACCAAAGCUGAUUCUUCUUCGAGAAAGUGGCUCUAUGCACGAUAAAGAAGUUGGGGUUUUGGGCAAACAAUCAGACCAAAUGAGUAGAGAUGGCAGCAAAGAAGUUGGUGACUCAGAGAUGGGAACAGAAAUCAAAAGCCCUUCACUAUCAGACAUGAAAGACGGUGUUCUCAAAUCUGAAACUAUGACUUGUGAUGAUGAUGCUAGACCUGAUAUGUGUGGGGUGAAGCAUUUGCAAACUGGUAUUGAAGACAUACCGAUUUCUGAGCUAAAAAAAGAACAUGAACCUGAAGGAACCCCAAAUAUUCUCAGUAAAAAUGAAGAACCCCACAUUGAGCAAUCAAAUGUGAAAGAACAAACAGUAGAUGCGGAAAAACCAACCAGUGAAUCACCUGACGUUCCUGGCAAUGAGGGUGGUAUCGAGGUGGAGGAAGCAACUGUAGUCAAAGCAGAGGAACCCACCACAGAACCAAUGACUUUGCUCCCACCCUUUGAAAUGUCAGCGACUGCAACAGAACCAAUUCAGGCAGAAUCUUCAGCACAACUACCAUUUGUACCAGACCAACCCUCUGAUAGUUCUCUGCCAGCGGUUUUGACAACAGCUGAGGAUAAAAGUCCUGGAAGAAACCCCCCAGAAAUCAUGCCUUCAGACACGGUGCACAUUAAGUCUCCACCGGUGGGUCCUGAUUUGCCUCCACUGCAAACCAUACCCAGACCUCUCUCAGGUAGACCACCUGUCCCACAAGGACAAAGAAUAGGAGCAUCAAGACUGGGAGGCCCGCCACAGAUGGGGGCACCGAGAAUGCCUGGGCCCAGACCACCGGGCCCUCAGAAACCCUCUGAGCCAACUUCGUUUUCGGGCUUCAUGUCUAUGUUCUCCAACAGACCUAGCACACCAAGUAAACAACCAACUGUUGGUGGAUUCUUUUCAAGGUCACCCGGUUCUCUCUUCGAGUCAUCUGCUCCUCGUCAAGAGCAAAAAACACAACCACCACCACAAAAAAGCUCAUUUUUUGGCCUUCCAAGUAGCAUUGCCCCUGAAUCCCUUACAGGAGACAUUCUCAGUAUGUUCAAGGGUCCUGAAGCGACUAAAUCUGAGGAACCACAGCCUACAUCAGAGAAGACUGAAGAACUUGUGAAGAUCACAGAGGACUCCAUCCCUGAAAAGGGUUCAGUAGAUGAAGCAGAACAUGCAGAUAAGAAAGAUGGCAAGGAAUGUCCUAUCCCUGAACAAGACAUGGAAGUAUCCCCCAAAAAUUUAGAGGAUGAGGAACACUCUGAGGUCUCUGACAAAGCAAUGUCACUUCCUCCUCCUGCAGCCCAAGACCCUGCAUCUGACACCAAAACCACCUUUGAAAUGCCAAACCUUUCUGCACCUAAAUUUAGCCUUUUAUCCGUUGCAACUGAGGGAACAUCAUCAAUCGGAUCCUUGUUCUCGACAUCUCCAACUGUGAAUGCGAAACAUUCUCAGCCCCCUCAGACAGAUGGGGGUCUCUUCUCUGGAUUUAAAAGUCUCUCAGUGGGCAUUUUCCAGGAUGAGAAGCAACCAGGAAAGGAAGAACCAUCAUCGGUGUUUGGCGCAAAACUAGGUUCGAUUUUCGGAACUUCGGAUUCUCCCAAGUCUACUGUUGUUAUCACUGCUCAACCGCAGCCCCAAAGCCCGAAACCCACUGACAUAGUGGACAAGCUCUCCCAAUGCUCGGGAGACACAGAGAGCGACACGGAAGGGCCUAGUGGGACUUCUAAAACCGAAAGCUGUGACAGCCUUGCGGAGUCACCGCAGACAGGAUUCGCUUCUGAGUCAGUGUCCCUGGCAGAAUGUUCUAAUGAACCCCAGGUACGAGCAGUUCCAUGUGAGGAAGAUGGCGACGUUGCAACACUGCUGAACACCGAGCCUUCGAAGAACCUCCUGACGCAUAAAACUGCUCCAAGUGUGACUCAGAGCAGUCGCUUGGACUCUUUGGACGUCAGCCCGAGCAGCUCCCAGCUCAGCUCCGAACUCGAGUCGGGCCAUCCGCCGGGGGGGUGCCUGCACCCCCCUCUCCAGGGCACCCAAGCGCCCACGUGGGAGCAGGACAAGGCGGAGAGUCUCGCACCGGACACCACUGAGUUGAGGGACACCUCCGUCCUGCCAUCCAAACCCGUCUGGGACAGCGACGAUAACAAGACCACGACCGACAUCUGGGUGUCGCCAGACGAUCCUCCUCAGUGUUCUCCUUCAAGGAUCCGCUGGCUCAAAUCAUACUCCAGAGUCAGGGCCAAUCUCCUCCUGAGCCAAGAUGGCGACCCCGGCAGGCAGCCGUGGGCCAAGCCAGGGGAAAACACACUGUUUGGCAUUGAUAGCACGCCGGCCCUCCAAAAGCGGAGGCCCAUUCCCCUCGUUAGUGAAGUGGCUAUGACCAUGAUCCAGUCCAGGAAGGCUGGCCUGUGCCACACGUUGGCGACGCGGACCUCCCUCAAUGACCAAGAGCUCAAGUGCCACGUGUACAAGAAAACGCUUCAGGCUCUCAUCUACCCCAUCUCCUGCACCACGCCGCACAACUUUGAGGUGUGGACCGCCACCACGCCCACCUACUGCUACGAGUGCGAAGGGUUGCUGUGGGGCCUCGCCCGGCAGGGCAUGCGCUGCGCCGAGUGUGGCGUCAAAGUCCAUGAGAAGUGCCAGGAGCUGCUCAACGCCGACUGCCUGCAGCGAGCCGCCGAGAAGAGCUCCAAGACGGGAGCGGAGGACCGCACGCAGCACAUCAUCAUGGCCAUGAAGGACAGGAUGAAGAUACGCGAGAGGAACAAGCCGGAGAUCUUUGAGGAGAUCCGCCGAGUGUUCAACAUGUCCAGGACGCUCCACGGCCAGCACAUGAAGAACAUCAAGCAGAACAUCCUCGACGGGACCUCCAAGUGGUCGGCCAAGAUCACCAUCAACGUUGUGAGCGCGCAGGGUCUCCAGGCCAAGGACCGGACGGGUUCCAGUGACCCGUACGUCACCAUCCAAGUGGGCAAGACCAAGAAGAGGACAAAAACCAUCUAUGGCAACUUGAACCCGGUCUGGGAGGAGAAGUUCAGCUUUCAGUGCCACAACUCGUCGGAGCGCGUGAAACUGCGCGUGUGGGACGAGGACGACGACAUCAAGUCACGGGUGAAGCAGCGGCUCAAGAGGGAGUCGGACGACUUCCUGGGCCAGAGCAUCAUCGAGGUCCGCACGCUCAACGGCGAGAUGGACGUCUGGUACCACUUGGAAAAGCGAACUGACAAAUCGGCGGUGUCGGGCGCCAUUCGCCUUCAGAUCAGCGUGGAGAUCGAAGGCGAGGAAAAGGUGGCCCCGUACCAUGUGCAGUACACCUGUCUCCACGAGAACAUUUUCCACUUGGUGACGGACGUGGAGGGCGGCGGCGCGGUCAAGUUCCCGGCGGCUCAGGGCGACGACGCCUGGAAGGUUUACUUUGACGAGGUGCAGCAGGAAGUGGCGGAUGAGUUCGCCGUGAGAUACGGCGUUGAGCCCAUCUACCAGGCCAUGACCCACUUCUCGUGCCUGUCGUCCAAGUACAUGCUGUCGGGCGUGCCGUCCGUGAUGAGCACGCUGUUGGCCAACAUCAACGCCUUCUACGCGCACCCCAGCGCCACCACCACCAACGUCGCCGCACCCGCCAGGUUCGCCGCCUCCAAUUUCGGGAGGGAUCGUUUUGUCAAGCUUUUGGAUCAGCUGCACAAUUCGCUGAGGAUUGACCUCUCCGCCUACCGAAACAACUUUCCGGCCAGCUGCAAGGCGCGCCUUCAAGAUCUCAAGUCCACGGUGGACCUCCUCACCAGCAUCACCUUCUUCAGGAUGAAGGUCCUGGAGUUGCAGAGCCCGCCCCGGGCGUCUUCGGUGGUACGCGAUUGCGUCAAGGCCUGCCUCAACUCCACCUAUGAGUACAUCUUCAACAACUGCCUGGAGCUCUUCGACCGCCAGUUCCAAACCGCCGCCCCCGCCCCUGAGCCAGAGAAGAAGAAGGGAAAGAUGGAGGGUGAAGACGAGGAGGAAGAGGAAGAAGAAGAGGAGAAAGACGAGAAGAAAAAGGAGAGCCAGCCUCCAGAGGAGCAAGGCCCGAGCAUCCAGAAUCUUGACUUCUGGCCCAAACUCAUCACACUGAUCGUGUCCAUCAUCGAGGAGGACAAGAAUUCCUACACGGCCAUCAUCAACCAGUUUCCUCAGGAACUGAACGUGGGAAAAGUCAGCGCUGAGGUGAUGUGGACGCUGUUCGCUCAGGAUGUCAAGUAUGCUCUGGAGGAGCACGAUCGUCAUCGUCUGUGCAAGCCUUCCGACUACAUGAAUCUUCACUUCAAGGUCAAGUGGCUCCACAACGAAUACGUCUCGGAUCUUGCCGCCUUCGCCGACGUCGUUCCCGAGUAUCCUUCGUGGUUCCAGCCCUUCGUCCUGGCCUGGCUGACCGAGAAUGAAGACGUUUCCAUGGAGUUUAUGCACGGGGCGCUGGAGAGGGACAAGAGAGAAGGAUUCCAAUCGACAUCGGAGCACGCGUUGUUCUCCUGCUCGGUGGUGGACAUUUUCACGCAGCUCAACCAAAGCUUCGGGAUCAUCCGCAAGCUGGACUGUCCCGACCCCGCCGUGCUGGCUCACUACAACAGACGAUUCGCCAAGACCAUCAGCAAAGUGCUGCUGCAGUACUGCGCCCUGCUGGCCAAAAACUUUCCAUCCUACUGCGCCAAGGAGAAGAUCCCGUGCGUGCUGAUGAACAACAUCCAGCACAUGAGAGUCCUUCUGGAGAGGAUGUUCGAGUCCAUGGGAGCAAAGCAGUUGGACACGGAAGCGGCGGACAUCCUCAACGAGCUACAAAUGAAACUCAACGGCGUACUGGAUGACUUCAGUGUUGCCUUUGCCAAGAGCUUGCAGGCGCGCAUCAGCGCGUGCAUGCGUCAGAUGUCGGAGCUGCUGUCCCAGAUGAGAGGCCCCCCCAACCCCGACACGGCCGAGGGGGAGGCCGACGCCAUGUUGAGGCCGCUCGUGGACUUCCUGGACGCCAAUCUGAGCGUGUUUGCAGACGUGUGUGAGAAGGCGGUCCUCAAGAAGAUCCUGAAGGACUUGUGGAAGGCGGUCCUGAGCGCUCUGGAGAAGAGCAUCGUGUUGCCGCAGAGUAACGACAGCUUGGGUGCGCAGAUCCUCACUGCCGCCAAAGGACUCUCCAACCUCAAGGGCGGCGCCGGCGGAAGCGGCGGCGAGGCCAAAACGCUGACGCCCAAGCAGUGCGCCGUGGUCGACGCGGGCCUGGAGAGCCUCAAGCAAUAUUUCCCCGCCGGUGGCAACGGCUUGAAGAAAUCUUUUGUGGAGAAAAGUCCCGAGUUGUGUUCCCUGCGUUACGCUUUGUCGCUUUACUCGCAGAGUACUGAUGCCCUCAUCAGAACUUUUGUCAGCUCGCAGCGGGAACAAGUGCACAGCGGCAUGGGCAUCAGAAUCACGGCGAACGAGAAGGUUCGACCCGAUCGAGGUUCGGGAGUGGAGAACCCGAUCGGCGAAGUCGUGCUGCAGGUGGACAUCGUCGCCAAGGAACGCAAAGUCGGCGUCAAAGUGAUCGGCGUCAAUGACCUGCGCUGGCAGACGUCCGGAAUGUUCCGCCCCUUCGUGGAAGUUUCCUUGCUGGGGCCGGCGCUGGCCGACAAGAAGCGCAAGUUCACCACCAAGUCCAAGAACAACUGCUGGAGCGCCAAGUUCAACGAGAGCUUCCAAUUCGCGUUGGGCAAAGAAGGCGGCGAGUGCUGCGAACUGCAGGCCUCGGUCAAGGACUACUGCUUCGGGCGGGCCGACCGGGUGGUGGGCGUGGCCGUGCUGCAGCUGCGCGACCUGGCCGGGCGUCGCGCCUGCGUCUGCUGGUGCCCGCUGGCUCCCGCAGUCCACACCGACCAGACGGGCGCCACCGUCCUGCGCAUCCUGGCCCAGCGGGCCAACGACGACGUGGCCAAGGAGUUCGUCAGGAUCAAGUCGGAGACGCGGCCCCCCGAGGAAGGCAGGUGAAGGAGGAACCUUUCCCAAUGGGGUCCGCCGACCGCCGCUACCACGGACGAAGACGGCGUGCAGCUUUGAAGGACUCCUACGUGUUGGCACCGCGGCAAUUAUUAGGAAAACCCAACUGAAAGCGGGUCCAGGAAAUGCAAGUACCAAGAUCAAAAAGGUUUCAGAAACUUUAGAUGGAACAAGUAACUUUUAUAGGCCCUCUUGUGUGUUCGGACCUUUGGAACUCCGAGACUAAAAGAUCACGCUCCUACAUGGCUGAUUGGAAUCCAUUAGUUCUGGGAACUACAAGAACCACGAACUCAAAGUUCCAGAAACUUUAGACGGAACUAGCAACUUUAAGAGGACCACCGAGUGUUGGGACCAUUUGAACCAUUGCUAAAUCUAGCCCCCAGACCAGAAGGUAACCCUCACAACGCCCCUAAAGGCAACCUUUUAGUUCCAGGAACUACAAACACCCAAAAUUAACGUUUCUGGAACUUUUAGGCAGCUUAGAAUUACCGUUGUGUGUGCAUCGCAGGAAUUAUUGCCUAAAUAUCGGGCGUCCUUCGGAGAGAGAUCCAACAAUGGUCAUGAACCAAGACCCAAAGUUCCCUGGAACUUGAGGACCAUCGGGACUUUGGUCCAAAUUUUGUUCCCAGGUAUUCUAUCGGGGCUAGAAGAUCUUUUAGUUCCAAGAACUACAGAAACCAGGAAUUGAAAAUUCCGGGAACUUUUCGUUCUAGAUCACUUGAUGAGGCCCACUGUGUGUUUGGACUGCAGGAACUAUUGACUUCAUGUAGUUCUGGGGUCAUUUUUGAGGUCCAAAAGAAGAUCCUCCUAAUGGGUGAAGUACUUUUGAGACGUUCAGGACACUGGAGGUUUUUAGUUCCACUACAAGUACUUCCUGGAACUGAUGGUGGAAAUGCCAGUUUCUACCAUCGUGGAUCCUAACGAAAAACAAAGUUAGUAAUUGGACCAAAAGAAAAGUCUGCUCAGUAUUUUUGAGAAGUCCUGGAACUAGAAGGAUCAGCAACUGAAUGGUCCUGAAGUAUUGUCCACAUUCAAUUUCGGGGUAAUUUAUCUGAGCCAAACUAAGACAUUCCUCCAAAAUGGCCAUCGUAAUGUUUACAAAUAUUUUGAUUUCUGCAUUAUUAGAAGAAGCUAGCUAGUUAGCUUCAAAGUGUGUUCUUUCGUGUCAUACCUUGAACGGCAACCAUUUUGCAAACGAUUGCCGCCAUUUUGUUGGUGGAAAACAACAUCGUAGUUCAUGAGCGCUUUAAAAUGUCGUUUGAUGUGAAAAGAAAAAUGUGGCUGUGACGAAGAGCAGAGUCCGCAUCGGGCGGCUAGUUUGAGUACCUUUCUUCACUCGAUGUCCUUAAAACUGGUGCUUGACGGCAACACUUGUGGAUUUCAAAAAGCAGGAAAGCAAAUUGUUGCUUGUGCUGCGUUACGGACAUGAAUCGUCAUGCCUAUUUUCUUGCUGCCUUGUAUUCAAACUGCGACGACUGCUGCCAAAACGAGGACAAAAGUUCAACUUUGUGACUUUUCAAAGUCUCCGUGGACAUUUUGAGUUGGAUGUCGACAUGUGACGUUAUUUACGACGCCAUGUGUGUUUACAACGUGCCAAGUCAUCCAAGGUACACAUGAAGAUAAAGAAACAAAAGCAUGUAUUUGAACAAAGUGUACAAACGGUGUAACACUUUUGCCAUGUAUGUAAUGUGACUCAUGGGGACUGAUCAAAUAUGUAAUUAAGUCAUUCAAUUCAAUCAGCCAUUGUGUGAUAUAACAGUGGAAUAUUUUGUACAUAAAAUAUUUAUGAAUGAAGGCAAA